AUGCUUUGCCGUGGAUGGGAAGUUUCGUACCGUCCACCAUUGUUGCCGAGAACCGUCGCCGCCCCUAGCGGUCCCGUCGCCGCUCCCCUUCCUACGCGGCCCCGUCGCCGCCAUGACGCGACCCCGUCAGUGGAGGGGGUGGGGGUGGUGGUGGGAGUGGUGGCUGGGGUGGAGGUGUCGGUGGCGGCAGUGGAGGCGGAGGAGGCGGAGGCGGUGGCGGAGGGAGCGGAGGCGGCAGAGAUGGCGGAGGCGGCGGGGGUGGCGGAGGCGGCGGAGGCAGCGGUGGAGCUGGUCGCGGCUCUGUGUAGAGGAGUGGCUCCGGUGGUGGUCCGCGCCAGCAGCAGCACCGCAGUCGUGAGAUCCCGUACCCCCAACAGCUUCGUGAGUGUGCGGGGGCUCGCACUCCACCCAGCGCUGCUUCGGCCGGACGCGUGGCGUCACCAGUUCCCUGACGCCACUGAGAUCCCUCGCUGGGGAGAGUUGUCUAGGGCGGGGGUUGCUAUCUUUGAUCUUGAUUUUGAUGCUAUUCUUGCUGCCAUGUAUGCUGUGUCUACUAGUGAUGAGGGUGACUGUUACCUGUGUGUUCCGCCUGACCCGGGCAUUGAGGCUGCUGCUCUAAGUGCUGGUGAGGCUGCUGUUCUAGGUGCUAGUGCGUUUGCUGCCUAG